AUGACGGGAUCUACGGAUCCCCAGUAUUCGAUCUAUGGUUAUCUUCCAAAAGUGGCGCCUGCCAUUGUAAUGAUUGUGCUGUUUGCCAUUUCCUCCAUCUGGCAGGGCCUGCAACUGUUUUAUUACAAGCAGUGGUGGCUGGUAAUACAGCCGAUCGGGACAUUGGCCGAGAUGGUCGGGUAUAUUCUGUUCACCCUCUUGAAACCCAUUCUAGUCAUGCCUGUUUUUGUCUGCAUCGACGUCGCUUCGCUGAUUGUGCAAGCUGUGGGGGCUGCGAAAGCAGGUACCGCCGAUUCAUUCGACGAAGAUGAAAUCCGGAGCGGAUCCAAUAUUGUGCUUGCAGGUAUUGCGGUGCAGUUGUUCGGUUACCUGCUCUUCAAUUUCAUUUUCCUUACGUUUGGGUACAAGCUGAUGAAACACGGUGCGCAUCUUUUGCAGAACGAUACCAAGGCAUUUAUGAUUGCCGUAUUCUUUUCAAGUCUUGCCAUUAUUCUCCGCUCAAUUUACCGUAUCAUUGAGAUGGCAUUUGGCUGGGAUGGCGUGAUUAACCAAACGGAAUGGCCUUUGUACGCGUUUGAUGCUGCUUUUGUUGUCAUUGCCGUGUACUUCAUGAAUGUGUGGUACCCGGGCAAGUACCUCCCGAACCGUUUCUCCUGGAAGUACAGUCCCGAAAAAGCAGGCUACACCACCGGCUUUGAGGAUCCGCACAUUAUUGGACAAAUCGGGCCGAACCGCAACAAGGAGACAGACCUGGAGAAGAAAGAUGACGCGGAGGACUAUGAAAUGCAUCCCGAGCUUGCAGCCCCUGGCCUUGCGUCGGAGAGUAGCGCCCUGUAG